UCGUGCGUAAACGCCCAACCCUGCUUUUAAGUCUCUCUCUUUCUCUUUCUCCUUCCUCCCUUUCUCUCUUUUUCUUUCUCGCUCGCUCGCUCUCGCGCAGCUGCCUACCGAUAAAACAGUACAAGAUCGUCUCGAAUUACCUCGUCUUAUAGCCUGACAACUUCUCGCUCACUUUGCUCGACUAAUAGGAAGAUUUAAUUGACAAUGUCAUCGACGUUCGGAAUGUGCGAGACACCCGGCUGCAACGCCAUCGCGAGCCUGCAGUGUCCGACUUGCCGGAAGAUCGGCAUUCAGGGUUCAUAUUUCUGCAGUCAAGAUUGUUUCAAAGGAAGCUGGAAGACGCAUAAAGUUAUUCAUCAAUUAGCAAAGGGAGAAAAUGGCAAUAAAGUCUCCAAUACAUUUAAUCCUUGGCCGGGUUACAAUUACACUGGAAAAUUGCGACCAUAUGAGAAAGAAGAACGUAGAGAAGUUCCUGAGCGCAUCAAUCGGCCAGACUAUGCUUCACACUCAGCUGGAAUUCCACUUAGUGAACAUGCUGUGAGAGGUUCAGGACAGAUAAAGAUUCUUGAUGAUGAAGAGAUUGAAGGCAUGAGAGUUGCUUGCAAGCUUGGCCGAGAAGUACUGGAUGAAGCCGCGAAGACAUGCGACGUUGGAGUUACAACAGCUGAAAUCGAUAGAAUAGUGCAUGAGGCUUGCAUUGAGAGAGACUGUUACCCAUCGCCAUUGAACUAUUAUCAGUUUCCCGCUAGUUGCUGCACUUCUGUCAAUGAAGUGAUUUGCCAUGGUAUACCCGAUACUCGACCGCUUCAAGACGGCGACAUCUGUAAUGUUGAUGUCACGGUAUACCAUAAUGGUUUUCAUGGAGAUUUAAAUGAAACGUUCUUAGUGGGUAACGUGAAGCCCGAAGUGAAGAAGUUAGUAGAGGUAACAUAUGAAUGUUUGUCGAAAGCUAUCGACAUCGUGAAGCCUGGUAGAAAGUACAGAGAGAUCGGUAACGUUAUUCAGAAACAUGCACAGGCACAUGGAUUCAGUGUGGUACGCAGCUACUGCGGCCACGGAAUUCACCGUUUAUUUCACACCGCGCCGAAUGUACCGCAUUAUGCCAAAAACAAAACAAUGGGCGUUAUGAAACCCGGACACUGCUUCACGAUCGAGCCAAUGAUUUCUCAAGGAACGUGGAAAGACGAAACAUGGCCCGAUAAUUGGACCGCUGUUACAUCAGACGGUCAGUGGUCGGCACAAUUUGAGCAUACGCUCUUGGUAACCGAAACAGGUUGCGAUAUUUUAACGAAACGGUUUACAAACGAUGGUAGACCGUGGUUCAUGGAUCGCUUGUAGUAGCGUUUUCUCUUUGAUUUUCCUAUGUAAUCUAAGCAACAUUCUUGCGCGGAUCUUGAUAGAAAUUCGACGUAAGUUGCUCUAUACAGUGUAGAAUCUAAAUGUGUAAUUAAACAUCAGAACCAAGUCGCAGGUGCCGGAACAACGCGAAAACAGUGUAUAUAAAUUUGCAUCAAAGAAUUUUUUUUUCAUAAGUUAUUGCGAAAUCGUAAAAUAGUUCCAAUUGCUGCGGAAAUGGAACUGGAAAUAGACACACGCGAUGUAAAGUUUUUAUACAAAUCUUCUCAAUUUUGCAACUAAGUUGUUAUCUAGACUGGCUUUUAUACCCUUUUUUUUGUAAUCUAUAAUGAUACUUUCUUCUACAUGUGAUGAAAUUUUUUGAAUGUACAAAUGAAAUAUAGAAGAACUGUGUACAUACUUAUGUAUAAAUUCUUUUCAUAACGCGUGUGACUUGUGCUUCUGAAGUUCCGUUACGCAUUUUAAUCAUAUCUUGUGUCUGAAUUUGAACACAGAUGCAAGAUACGAUAAAGUACGAUAAUUUUUGCUUUUGUUUUUGUACUAAUAUCCCACAAAUGGCGUUAUUGAGUUAUUCUCAAUUUUAUAGAAGUCUUUAUUACGUGCAUUUGUUGAUAUGGUGCCCAAAUUCAGACUGCUAAAUUUUUUAGGUGAUAAAAGGUAAUUAACGCCGGAGCUUGACGAACCGAUACACCAUAAUUUAUAUUUAAGGCUCCCAGUACCUCACCGGCCAUGUCGGAUUUGUGACGCCAGAAGUGAGGAAUGACAUGCUAACGAAAGUUACGUGUCAUUUCUGAAUAAAAAUAAAUAUAGACGAAAGAGCAUUUGAGAUUGUUUGAGCACAAUUGUGAAAUUGUCCGAAAAAUAUCUCUUUCUCUUAUCAAUGAUCAUGUGAAAUGAUGAAAUGAGUCUGUUUUGUCUGCAUAUCUCAUUUCACCAUUUAUUAUAUAACUAUUCGUCAAUAUGUUGUCCUUCGCUUCGACGUCAUAAAUUCAACAUGGCCGCGGCGAGGUAUAAAGAACCUUAAACGUGAGGAGGUUCGCGUGUUCAAAUUACUAAUAACUUACCGUGAUAUGAUAACUAUUGUACAUACAAUAUAGUAAUCGAUCAUGUGCGAAUGUUUGAAAUAAAGAAAGUGAAAUUCUA